AUGCCCAAUCUUCCGUCCCAAAGAGUUGUUCGUUCACGUUCCUUUCAGAAGAUAGGGCUAGAUUAUCUAGGCCCACUCUACCAUAAAAAUAUCAACCACGAGAAAGCCAAUAUUUUGAUAUGCCUCAUUACAUGUAUGACAACCCGCGCUGUUCAUCUUGAAUUGGUCUUUAAUAACGCAACUCAAGAGUUUAUUAUCACCUUUCGCAGAUUUAUCGCCAGAAGGGGCACUCCCGAUUUUAUUCUUAGCGACAAAUCUACCACCUUUUGUUCGGCCAACAAUACGCUGCAGAACGUCAUCUAUGCGCGUUCCUCCGUAGAAAAAUUGGCCAACUAUUUUUCUGAUCAUAAGAUCACCUGGAAGUUCAUCACUCCGAUUUCCCCUUAG